AUGCUUGCUGGCAUCGUCGUCGUCACCGUCGCGCUCGCAGCGUCCGUCCUCGCCCAGAGCCCGCUGACGAUCAACACUCCCUGGGACGCCCACCGGUGCGAGACCACCAUGAUCGCCUGGAAGGGCGGCGAGAGGUCCUUCUUCCUGCGAAGCACGGAGGUGGUUGAGUCCUUCGGCACCCUUGGCUCGAACGCGUUCUUCUGGAACACAAACGUCCCCGCCGGCGAUGAGAUCCAGAUGGAGCUCAUCGACGCGACCGGGAAGUUCGUCCUCAGCGCGCCAUUCGUCAUCCAGCCGGGAUCGAACAACUGCACGCUUCUCUGA